GUAACUUAGCGCGUGCUGGUGAGCACAUUGAAUGUAGGGCUCUUUAAGGUCGGGUUUUCCCUGGGGCUCCUGCCAGGAGCCUGUGUGCAGCUUGUGUGGGGCAGGCCCGCUGGAGCCAUGGACUCCGAGGUGCCUGGGACGUGAACGUGCACAGCCUGGGACUUAGCGACUGCAGAGCGGAUGAGGAGCGGAAGGAGGCGUGGGAGGCCUGGGAACCACUUCGUCUCUGCAGAUGAGUUCUCAGAACCCUUUCUGGUUAUUUUACCACCUAUUCACAUGUUUGCGAUUUGAAUUAGGGUUUCAGGGGAUGCUGAGUCUUCAGAUUUGGCCCAGACUCCCACGGUGUAGAGAGAUUCAAAAGUAACAUUUUCUGACGGAGCCUGGCUGGAUUAUGAUGAGGCCUCCCGAUAGGGAGAUGGCUGGUUUUCUUUUAAAGGCACAGUGCUUUGAUUAACUAGGAUAAAUACAGACGUGUGUCCCGGCCACUCCGUCCCUCCUGUGCCCUACUACAUCACUCCACGUCCAGCGGCGCCUUAUCCUUUCGGCCCAGCCGCUCGCUUGUCACCCUGCCCACCGCCCAUGUGAUGCCGUCCAGCCCCAGGCACAGGGACUCACCGGUGUCCGAGGGACCGCGAUGGAGCGCGGGCCUCCUGCAGGCGCUGGGCGACCACGGUGGCCGAGAGCGGGAGCCCGACUCUUGUCUGGACAUGAAGGGCUCCCGGCCCCUCCGGAAGUGGUCGUCUCUGUCCAGACUCACCGCCCCCGAGGGCUGCGGCCUGGGUGGCCCCCUGACCGCGGAGGAGUGCGGGACCCGCCUGGAGAAGACGGGGCGGGGCGCGGACCCAACGUCACAGUGGAGGACCUUGAGGCCCCGCUGCCUGCACGACGGCAUGGAGGUGCUCAGGCUGGAGGACAAGCAGAGUGGGGGCAGGCGGACAUCGGCCCUGGACUGCAAGUACAAGUUUGAGAGCUGCAGCCCCCAGGAGGACCUCAGAGCCUGCCCCUCCGCGCUCCGGAGGCAGCUCCUGGACGUGACGCACAGUGCCUUACCCGAAAGCAAGCCCGCCGAGGCCGGCCCGGAGCCCCUCGAGUCUCCCAGGUACUUAGUGCUUGGCCAGCAGGCGGUGGGCGGAGUUCCCAUCCAGCCCUCCGUGCGGACACAGAUGUGGCUCACUGAGCAGCUGCGCACCAACCCUCUGGAAGGCAGGACAGCGGAGGACGCCUGCAGCCUGGCGCCCUGGCCGCAGCAGCUCGGGGAGGCCCCGCUGCAGGCUCUGACGGCGUCGUCUCGGCAGAGCUACUCGCCAUCCGGCUUUCAGGAUUUCAGCAGGUGGGAAUCGAUGCUGAAGAUAAAAGAGGGACUUCUGAGGCAGAAGGAGAUCGUCACUGAUCGGCAGAAGCAGCAGAUUACCCACCUCCAUGAGAGGAUAAGGGGCAGUGAACUGCGGGCACAGCAUGCCAGGUUAGGAUGUUACGUGAACUGUGAAGAUCCUUGUGUGGCUAGUUUGCAGCCACAGUACGAGAGUGCCGCCCUGCAGGCCGCGUGUGCAGAGCCGGCUGGGGCCCAGCCGCAGCCCGAGGGCCUCGAGCAGAAGCUCGCGUCUACUGAGAAGGAGGUCUCACAGCUCAGUGACUUUCUCACGCAGAGAAUGAGCCAGUUCAGCGAGGAGAAGAAGAAGCUGGAGGAGAAGCUUAAAACCAGAGAUAGGUACAUCAGUAGCCUGAAGAAGAAAUGCCAGAAGGAAUCUGAACAAAACAAGGAAAAGCAGAGGAGAAUCGAGACCCUGGAGAAGUACCUGGCGGAUCUCCCCACCCUGGAUGACGUGCAGAGCCAGACCCUGCAGCUGCAGGUUCUAGAAGAAAAAAAUAAAAAUUUGCAAGAGGCUUUGAUAGAUACAGAAAAAAAGCUUGAAGAGAUCAAAAAACAAUGUCAAGAGAAGGAAGCACAGUUAAUCUGCCAGAAAAAAAAGGAGAAGGAGUUAGUAACCUCCAUUCAGAGUUUGCAGCAGAAAGUAGAAAGAUGCCUUGAAGAUGGGAUCCGCCUCCCCAUGUUAGACACAAAACAGCUUCAGAAUGAAAACGAUGAUCUCAGAGGACAGAAUGAGGCGGCCAGUAAGAUAAUAAGGAGCCAACAAGAUGAAAUUAACAGGAUGACUUUAGAACUUCAGUCCAUCCAAGGGAAACUUUCUAAAGAGAAGUUGACUACACAGAAGAUGGUGGAAGAGCUAGAGAGGAAAGAAAGAAACCUCCAGAGAUUAUCGAAAGCACUGCUUGAGAACCACAGACCGACGGAAGAGCCCAGCUCUCUGCGGGGUCUGGGCCAGGAAGCCGAGCUGUUGGGGCAGCAGACUGCGCUCCCCAAGUGGCCGCUUUUCGACCUGACGGUGAUCGAUCAGCUCUUCAAGGAGAUGUCCUGUUGCCUGCUCGACUUGAAGGCGCUGUGCAGUGUCCUCAAUGAGCGGGCCCAGGGCAAGGAGCCCAAUCUCUCCUUACUGCUGGGGAUCAGGUCCAUGAACUGUUCAGGUGAAGAUGUGGAGAAUGACCACAGCCCAGAGACCCUCAGUAGGAAGCUGUCCGAUGUGUGCCAGCUGCGGAGGGACAUCGAUGAGCUGAGGACUACAAUAUCUGACCGCUAUGCUCAGGACAUGGGGGACAGCUGCGUCACCCAGUGACAGUGUGGGUCCUGCAGCAGAGACCGGCGUCCCGCACUGCUGCCUGCAGUUCUUCAUGGUUCCUUAGGAGUUACAACAGGAAGCUGCAAGAAACACGAGGCUACACAUAGGGAUUUCUGUGGAUUUGUCUCAUUGAGGGGAAGGGGAAUGUGAGGAGGUUCUGAGGGCUUUUUUAAUCAGGCAAAAAAUUCAAAUUACCAUUUGAAAGGUGUGGUACAGUCUACAAGAAAACAUCUGUCUGCUGAAAGUGCUGAUUACAGGGCCGAGCUGUGGAGGGUGCCCUUCAGAAAGGGUAGCAUUCGUCUACUCCUGUAGUUCUGUCUUACGUGUGCACAUAUGCGGGGAUCUUAUUGUGUGUGUAUGUUUUAUUUACAAAAUGUCUAAGGACUUCAGGCUCCCAGCCCAGAGCUUCUGAGAAAGGCACACAUGUCUGCUCUGCCCUCUCGCCAUGUUCGGGGAUUUCCCAGGGCUGGCCACUGAGUUCUGACAGCGGGCAGGUGCUGCAGCAGGAGGAAGCAGCCACAUCGUGUCUCAGCAGUCACGGAGCCGAGGCUUUGGCUUGGUAGCUUUUGGUACUGUAGGUAAUUUAUGCGUUACCAGAAGGCUUUCCAUAAUUUGAAGUAAUUUUAGCAUUCCCCUUAAUAUUUCCAAUUUUUAUUUGUUUGUUAGGGGUAUCAUUGUGAACAGAGGCAGCUGUGUAAUUAGUGCAAGCCUUCUGAGGCCAAGAUCACCGUUUUCAAACCAGACUGAUGGUGACUUUGGAACAGUAGCUUAUUUGUUUACCCACGUCUGUGUUUAGUUCAACAGCUUCGUACCUGUUUUGAAAUUGACAAUGCUUUGGGGGAAGCCCGUCCCCGUUCCUGUCUCUGGACUAACCCUAGCACAGAACGGAGCAGGCGGGGCUGAGAUCUUCCGCCCGCCUGGUGUGCGGUGCCCGCACUGACGGGGGCUGUGUCGCCUCGUGGAAGCGCAGCCACGCUGUCCUGAGCUGCGCAGGGUGCCGGGCGCCGGGCCGCUGCCCCGGAGCUGGGCUGCGGGCACACGCGCUCCCACGGCAGCGUGGCCGGUGCGUCGGUGUUGGUUGUGCCUUGUGGACGCCCUCGUGGCAAGGCUCUGCCCUCCACGUGGCGGUGUGGCUUUGAGGUUGGUUCAGGCGGCGGCCAGGUGGGGACGGAGCUGUGGGUCGUGCAGGACAGUGCUGCCCUCUUUCUCGCUGGGCGGUGCAGGCGCGUGCGGUGGGCCUGCUUCCCUCAGCUCUGAGACUCAGUGCUGCAGCGAUCCCGCACCCGAGGCCCCAGCCCGGCGGGACUGUCGCGGGCAGAGCAUGGCUGUGCUCUGUGCUCGCUGAGUUUUCCAUGGCAGUGCUUAAAGACCAGCAGAGUGCGAAUGAGCCCCGAGAGCUGGGUGCAGAGGAGCCUGCCUCUCCGAGGUGCAUGUGUGAGGCUGCCCUGUGCAGGAAGUAGACUGCGCCCCUGCCCCCCAGCACCGGGCGGCAGAAACACUGCAGUCUCGCGGCCGCGUCCUCGCCCUGCCGGGGUUUCAGAAAUGAGCGCACCCUGAAGAAUAGGACUGAGGAGCGGACUCUAUCCGCUUUGGGUCGGUUCUUCCUUAAACGUCUCCUAGGGUGUUAGUUUAGAUUUUUGCAGUGGUUGUGUUUUUUAAAUGAAGUGGUGGUCAUUUGUUUUCAUCUAUUUUGGAUACAGUUUUGUAGCUUAGCUGGGAUAAAAUUUUUUUUUGCAAUAAGUCUUCUAAAAAUUACAGAAUUUAAUUCCCAUAUUGAGAUAAAGUCUGUAGGACUUCGUGGGAAAUGAACAAACCGCCGCUGCUCACUGCAGUUCCAGACUGCGCUGAGGAGCCAAGGCGCUGGCUGGGCUGUGGUGGGCGCGAGCCCCGCAGAGCCCCGGCUGUUGGCCCUGGCGGUGAGUAUACAGCCCUGAGGGCGUUUGCAGAGGGUGCCGCUGUGUUACUGUCAGUGUUUAUUCUUCGUUUUGAUUUGUCAGCAACGGCCUUCCCUGAGCCCCCGACUUGUGUUAAAAUGGUCGCAGUGUUGCUGUCGCCCUGGAGACAGAGUCCACGCCUCGGGCGGCAGCUGUUACACCGCGAGGUGCGGCCGCCCGCGUUACCGACCAGGAGUCUGGGAGCCUGGGCACACCCUCCGCUCAGGCCUCUCUUCCUUCUGCUCCUGGCUGCGGAGGUCACCCUCCCGGAAGCGCCCCUCCGUGCCAGCAUGGUCGCUGGCCGAGGGCUCCCAGUUGGACUCAGGCCGACUCAGUCACUUAGAGCCCGUGACAAGGGGCAGUUGUCUCAGCGGAGACCCGGGUCUCAGGUGCAGGCGAGCAGAACCGACCGCAGGCCCGGGCGCCGUCAUUCCCUUCAGUCAGGAGAGCAGGGUGAGCUCAUGGUUACACUGUUGAUAAAUUCUCCGUGGCUCUGAUUUUAAAAAGUGUAAGUAUUGACUAGGAGACGCCUGAAUUUAUCUUUUUAAAGUGUGGGGCCCCUUUUGAAUUUGAAAUAGGAUUCACCGUUCAGUGUUAGUGGCGUUAUACCCUAGUGAAGUUUGUUCUGGUGUGGCAGUGUGUGACGCUGCAUCGGACCUCUUUAAGUAGCUUGCUGGAGACAAUCUCAGGCUGGAAGGCGUUCCCCAGACGAGUGCUGUGCGUCCGGCCUGCUGACGAGCUUGGAGGGUGGUGUGCUUCGGGAGACGGGCAGCGCCCCAGAGGCUGUGGAAGGACUGCUCUGUGGAGGCCCUCAGGCCCCGCAGCAGCAAAGCCCGGGCACCGUCCCUGGGGGCGCCUCCAUCUGCUGUCACCUGCCCUUCCGCGCUCAGGCGCCCGUAGAGAGUGUGGCCCUGACCAGCACCUCUCACGGCCCAGCUCGGAGCGUCCAUUUGUGAGAAUUCUCUUCAGUGUUCAAAGGGAAACUUUUUAUUGUGUAUAAAGAGUAAAAUUUCCAGCUUUGCCCCAAAAUGCCAUCAGUGGUGUUUGCCACAUGAUUAUGCCAUACAUUUAAUCAUGAAGGGAAAGUAUUUUGGGAUUUUUCUUAUUUCAGAGAAAUAUUGAAUAUGACAGGAAGUAGUUUCGGAUCAGGAAGUCUUAACACCAGGCUGCAGCUGCGUGCAGAGAACCUUUCGUGCCUUUUGCCUGCAGUAACCUUUCGUUCCGCUGCAGAGGAGCUCAGACUGCUGCAUCUCAUUCCUCCGCCCACAGCCCUGAGCAGUGCUGUCACGGGCCCGCGGCAGGGGUCAGACGCAGGUCUAGGGGCUGCUUGGGAAUGUGUCCAAGUGUGUAUAUGUGUGGAUAAGUGUGCACAUACAGAUAAUAUAUAAGUUAUUUAAAUGUGUAAGCGUGAACUGGCAUCAGGGUGUGAUGCCAGAAGCAGUAAGGUGCUCGGUGGCCACGGAGAAGCAGAGUGCAGUCGGCCCUGCGGCUGGUGCUCCGCAUCCAGGUUCAGCUUCCGAGCUGUCCACGAUACCUCAUGUGUGAAUACAGUGUCCGUGACCUAAAUGAGAUGCAGUCAUCGUGAAGGGGAACGUGAGCCGCUGGCUGGCUUAUGCCUCUGCCCUGUCGUUUUUGCCUCCUUUUUUUGUAAAGGGGUUGUUUUUGUUUUGUAAUAGAGUUUACAGCUAGAAUUUUGAAUGCCAAAGUUCUAUUUAUUAAGAAAAAUGUUUUCAAUGUUAAUGCCUAGUAUUUUUCCACUGGACUAUUGUUUGUUGAUAUUGCAAUUUGUAUUUACAGAGAAAUAAAUUUUUUAUAGAAAGA